UGACUCUGGAAGCAGCUAGCGAAAGCUCCUCGACCGAUACGGUUUAUUUUGCCACCUGGCAGAGGACUUGUCCACAUGCCCAAAAUCAUGCGGUACCAAAUCAGUGUUAACGAUCAAACCGAUUGGGUGGAAAAAAAUUGACAACAUUUUCGGCGCGAACCAAAAAAAAAUAUAGCAAAACAAUACUCCGGCAGUGUGGGAUUGACCAGCGGAAUAAAAAUCGCGUCCAUUACGGAGUCCUUAAUAGAGUGAAGUGGUUGUGUUGUUUUUUUUUUGUUCAUCGGUCUCUCACUCACCGUUGGCUUGGCUGGGUUUUUGGCCAACCUCCCCCGGUUUGUAAUCGUGUGACCGUGUGGAACCGAGGGAAAAAAAGUGACGCCCUCGGUGUGUGUGGCCACUGGAGCAUGCCACUCUGGGGUUCAGCCCGCGGUGGUUAAAAGCUUUCUCCUCGCCAAAUUUCGGUUUGGGGGUUUUUCCCUCGCUUUUUUUUUCUCGGUUUGUUUCGUUCGCAUACUCUCGCUCUCCGUUUGGUGGUGCAAUUCGAAUUCGGCGGCGCGAAUCCCCAACGCGUGACAACGAUGAUCAUAAUGGCGGAGGCAGCAGUGGGAAAAUAGCCGGGUGCGAACAGGACCAUAAAAAACACACACACGCAAAAACGCGCCGCCAACACGCGAUUACCAGUGAUAGCCGGUGGGAUUUUUUCCGCCACCAAAAGCUGAAUGAGCGAGGCGGCAAAAAACGCGCCCUCUGACAAAAAUGUGAAGUGUUGAAGCGUACCAACGUAAAAAAAGAGGAAAACUUGUGAAAAUAUAUUUAUUUGUGAUUUGAUACGGACACCACAGAGUGGCGGUGGGGGCGCGUGGUCUGCGGGGUGACACACAAUUGUGUGCUAAGUGACGAGUCCGAGUGAGAAGAGAGAAAGAGAUAUCAGCGGGAAAUGAAAAAAAAUAAAUGAAUCAAAUGAAAUAAAAUAACCAAACGCGUGUUUUGUCGUUGUUGUAUACGAACACGGCCACGGAAACCUCGACACGGAGGUCACACCAUUCCGCCCCAAAAAUGUCCACAACAACUGCGGCGGCGGGUUUCUGAUCCAAUCCAUCGCUCGAUGGCGGCGGCGGCUCGACGACGAGAUAAAACUCCAAACCACAGUCGAAUGUGUUGUACACUGUUGAUCAACCGCGGCCCAGGGAUCAUCCGACGCGUUGAGUUGAGUGUAUGAAGUGAACGAAUUGAAGUGAUGAAAAAAUUGAAUUGCCCCAUGUUGGUGGAGGCGGUGGCGGCCAGUGACGCAAGACAGAUUGAAUAGAAUAAUUUGGGGAAUACCAACGAAAAACCGACAGCGAAAAGCCAACGACGAAAAGCCACCCCGUGGACUGGUUUAUAAAUGUAACAAGUGGACGGGGAGGACGACGCGGCCACAGCAGGAACCGUGAGUAAAUAAACAAUCUCUUCAAUAUGGCAUCGGAUCGUCGAAUGGAAAGUCAAUUAAAAUGUCGAAAUAAACUGUAACAUAUUGACCGAAGUGCAAGUAGAGGAAAAAAAUACGACAUCGAAUAAACAGGCGUGAAAAACAAGUGGGAAAGCGCGAGUGAGAUAAAAAAAGAGAGACAUAAAUCAAAGGGUAUCGAUAUUAAAAAUGCAUUUGACUACGAACAAUUCAACGACAAACAGUGGCAACACGAGUGGAAACAAUGUUAGCAGCAAUAAUAACAGCGGUGGUGGUGGCGGCGCCGGAAAUGGUGGCGGAGGAGGAACCAACAGCACGAGCAGUAACAACAACAACAGCGGUAGCAACGGUAGCAACAACAAUAACAACAGCAGUAGUAAUAACAACAACAACAGUGGCGGCAGUGGCAAUAACAAUGGCACCGGCGGCGCAGCAGCUGGAGAAAAUGGUCCACCGUCGGCCGCCAGCAUACUCCAGGACACCUACACAAAGAUGACGUCCGAUAUACUGGCCGAACGGACGCUGGGCGAUUUUCUCUCCGAGCACCCGGGCGAACUGAUUCGAACCGGGAGUCCUCUGUUUGUUUGCACGGUGCUGCCACCGCACUGGCGAUCGAAUAAAACACUUCCGGUUGCGUUCAAGGUCGUCGCGCUCGGUGACGUCGGCGACGGGACGAUGGUGACGGUGCGCGCCGGCAACGACGAGAACUACUGCGCCGAGCUGCGGAACUGCACCGCCGUCAUGAAGAACCAGGUGGCCAAAUUCAACGAUCUCCGGUUUGUGGGGAGAAGCGGUCGAGGAAAAAGUUUCACCCUCACCAUCAUGGUGUCGACGAGUCCGCCCCAGCUCGCAACGUACAACAAGGCCAUCAAAGUGACCGUCGAUGGACCACGGGAACCCCGGUCGAAAACAAUGUUACCGUCACUUCUAGGACAGCAGCAGCAGUUCCACUUCGCCUUCGGCCAGCGCCCGUUCCACUUUCCGGCCGAUCCGCUGUCCAGCUUCCGGAUGCCACCGAUCGACAUGACCCAGUUCGGUUUGGGGACAGCAAACUCGCACUGGAGCUACAGCUCAACCGGUCCGUACUCACCGUAUCUGACUUCCUGCGCGACUCCAACGGCAGCCCAAUUCAACAAUCCCGCGCUGGGUUUCAGCUGCUCCAGUGGGGAACAGAAUGCCGGCCAGGAUUUUGCCGGAACCGGAAGAGAUUGCGUUCCGAUGCUCCCAGACUCCACGGCAGCCGAUCUGGAUCAACAUUUGAGCAGCCUGGUGGGUUCCCAACAGACGGCCCAGAUGACCCAUCCCAGCCUGAUGAGUGCCAACGCGAGCAGUAAUACCCCCGGAUCCAACGGAAAUGGAGUGUCCUCGCAAGCAAACCCAAUCAGUACGACCAAUGGAUCGAACGGAUUGUUGGUUCCUCGCUACCAAAGCAACGCCACCACCAACGACUACAGCCUCCACACGAGCCAAAGUGGCCCGAGAAGCUUGAGUGAUUCCUCCCAGGCGGAGUCACCCGUCCAGGAGGACCUCCUCUCGUCGAACACUCCGAAUCUGGGUGGCAGUGCGAACCAGAACUUUUCCAGCCUGGUGGUGAACCAAAGUCAAUCCAACUACGGAUCGGGCGGAGGUAGCUGCAACGGAUCACUCUACCCGGUCCUGCCGGCGAGUCUACUCUACUCCCAGCUGUACACGGCGGCCAACCAAACCCAUGGAUUCCACAAUCACCACCUGCAGAACAGUCACGCGACGGCUCAGAACUCUUCCAUGCACGCAGGGGAAUUGCAGAGCGUGAUGGAUCACCUAACGUCCACCACGACGAACGGUGGCCGCCAGCAUCCGAACCUGAUGAGCAACAAUCCCCACACGGAUCUCUCGCUGAUCGGUAACUGUGGCGCAAUGGCUCGGGGUGCGCUGGACGAACCCGGAGCCCGGGCGCUAGCUGGCACACGGGGAGUUCCACCCCAGGGCCAGGUACAGACCGAGAACGGGAACUCCGUCUGGAGGCCAUACUGAGGAAAGCUUCAACCGUAGGGCUAAAGGUGCAAUAAUACGUUUCACACACAGAACCACAUCUCACACUGUGUUGAUUGUUUUGUUUAGGUCAUUGUUUGAUUCAUUUAAGAAACUCGUUUAUUGUAAAUAAAUUCCGUUUACCCCAGAAUAGCAUUUGAAACCCACGGUUGAUGUCACCUAAAAGGCAGAAUAGAUGUUAUCCCUUCUAGCAAAGAAAACAAACCACAACAUAGGGAGAAGAAAAAAAAUAACAUGAUGCUUAGAAUAGUUCAAUAAGCUUCGUACGGAGAAUCCGUCAAAUGUUUAAAACAUGAUGAUGAAAUGUAUACUUCAAACUGACAAUGAUACGAACCUUAACCCGCGCGACCGACGGAUGCAAAGAAAGUUCCGGUCCAAAAGUGUCCCCGAUACUUUUACUCGUAAGUACUUGUAGUUACCAAUGAUUAGCAACUAGCUGUUAUUAAAUAAAGCCAAAGUGAUUUUCCAACUUCCAAGCAUCCCGCCGAUGGGAUGCGGGGGUCUGGUGAGCCGUAGCCAAAGUGUAGGAAUAUGGAAACAGAAAAAAAAAUGCUUACCGCCAUCUUGUUGUGAACCGUUGCACAGAGUCUGCGGGAUACCAGUAAAAAAAAAAGAAGCAAAUAGAAAACAUAUAUUUCCUCUCUGGAUGUGGAACUCUUCGAUUACAGUAGUGUUAUGUGGAAAAAAAGGCGCGGUGUAUGCAGCGAAAAGGGUGUCUGAACGUAAAUAGAUAUGAGAAUACCACAGCAAUUGUUUCUGGUCAAGAGGUUACUCUCGAUAGGGAUAGUGAAUACUCUACCUUGUAAAAACAAACGAAUGAUGAA